AUCAACAAUUCAUGAAAUCAAAAGAUUUUGUCCCAACUCUCCAAACAAAUAUAUACAAGAAACAAUUUUAAAUAAUCACGACUUGGAUCCCAAAUGACAUAUGAUUGCUCUAAUACUAUGUGCCAAUACCACCCAGCCCACUCCCAUCAAAUAGGUGGAGGCCUUAUUGAGGUGAAUCGGGAUUGUGAGGCCACCAGUAGCAGUAAGCAUAACCAGCUGGAGGCACAACAGGGGAUUAGCUCUCACGGACAGAAUUUAAUAGCCAAAAAAGGUAAAGAGAAAGAGGGAUUGCUACGGGAUGGGAGCAGAUCUGCUUCGAUUGAUCUAGAAGGUGCCGAAGGGAGUGCUGGGGAGGGGAGGGAUCUGAUCGGAAAGGAAGGAAUGGCAUCAAGAAGCAAACCGGAUAGGAUAAAGAAAAAGAAGAAGGCGCUUUUGUGUAGAUCAGUGUACCAAAAAGCCAGCAUCCUGGGAUUAAUGAGCCAUAAGAAGAAAUCUAAGAGCGGAGCAAGAUCCAAGAAAGUUACAAGACAGGAGAUGCCGAGCUUCAUGCCGAAUCCAAGCUACUCUGUGGCGGGAGGGUCGGUUGGCGACAGCGGGAUUGAAAAUUGCAACAGGAUGUUAAAGGAGCAUUCUAGCCGGAGAAUAGCAGCAGAGCUUUGGGACUUCGCGAAGCAAAUCGGGGUUACUGCAGAGGAUGAGGAUGAGACUCUCAAGAACCUGGAAGAAAUGGAGAAUCGAGACAGAGAAGCUAAGGAUUUAGAGAUCCCAAAGUCAGUGAGGAAGAAAAGACACUUGAGGGAGUUAGUCAAGAAGGAAAAGGCGGAUUUCCUAGCAAUACAAGAAACUAAAUUGGGAGGGAUAGACAAUAAAAUUAGCAGAUCAGUGUGGGGCACAGAUGAUGUGGAAUGGGUUGCAAAGGAUGCGGUGGGUAUGUCGAGUGGAUUAGCUUGUUUUUGGAAUUCCAAAGUAAUUAAAGCCACAAGAAUUCUGGAGGGGGAGAACUUUAUAGAGCUAAGAAGUCUAAUUGAGAAUGGGGGAGAAAAAAUUUGCAUUAUGGGCGACUUUAACACUGUUAGAAAGGCAGAGGAAAGAAAGGGGAGCUCAGGCGUGACCAGAGAUAUGAGAGAAUUCGACAAUUUUAUACAGGCCAUGAAGUUGGUUGACAUCCCGUUAGUGGGUAGGAAGUUCACUUGGUAUCAAGCAAGAGGCAACUAUAUGAGCAGAAUUGACCGGUUCUUACUCUCAGAAGGGUGGUUGUCGAAGUGGGGAGAGGCCAGGCAAUGGGGCUUGAGAAGAUCUAUGUCUGACCACUGUCCAAUUUUACUAAAACACCAGACCAUUGAGUGGGGCCCAAAGCCAUUCAGAUUCUUCGAUUCUUGGCUAGAACAAGAAGGAUGUAGUAAGUUGAUUAAAGAAGUGUGGAAUGACACCCAAAUUCAAGGGUGGGCAGGCUUCCGUCUCAAAGAAAAGUUGAAGACAACCAAGGAAGCGUUAAAGAAGUGGAGCAAAAAUCUAAUUCCAACAUUGGAUAUUAGAAUAAAUAAUGCUACUUCCGACAUCGCCAAAAUUGAUAUGAAGGGGGAAGUGGCAAAUCUGUCAGAGGAAGAAAUUGAGAGGAGAAGAGAAGCGUUCAUUCAGAUUUGGGAGAGUCUGAAAAGCAAGGAGAGCAUGAUGCAACAGAAAUCAAGGAAAGUUUGGGUGGCUCAGGGGGACGCCAAUACCAGGUUCUUUCACAACUGCGUGAAGGGCAGAUGGAGAAGGUCAGAAAUGAAUAGCAUACAAAUAAAAGGGGUUCAAACCAGGGAUGUCAACAAAAUGAAGGAGGAAAUUGCUUGUUAUUUUGAGGAUCUGUAUGCUGAGGAGAAGAGGGUUAGACCAAGGCUCGAUGGGCUGGGUUUCAAGCAACUUACACGGGAAGAUAAUGACACCCUUAUUUCUCCCUUCAGUGAGGACGAGAUAAAGGUAGCAGUAGGAGAAUGUAACAGUUCGAAGGCCCCAGGUCCUGACGGAUUCAAUUUCAGGUUUGUCAAAUCUGAAUGGGAUGUAAUUAAAGAUGAUGUGGUGAGAUUCCUGCAAGAAUUCCAAGCAAAUGGCAAACUGGUGCGAGGUCUAAACGCUUCUUUUAUUGUCCUCGUGCCAAAAGUUGAAAAUCCAGUUCGGAUUGAGGAAUAUAGACCUAUUUCUCUUAUUGGAGUGAUAUAUAAAAUCUUGGCUAAGCUUUUAGCCAACCGGCUGAAGAAGGUGCUUGAGAACGUAAUCGGAGAACAACAAAUGGCUUUUCUUAAGGGAAGACAGCUGAUGGAUGGAGUAGUUAUAGCCAAUGAGGUGAUUGACGAAGUAAAAAAGAAAAAGAAGAAAGCAUUCUUGUUCAAAAUAGACUUCGAGAAAGCUUUUGAUAAAGUAAGCUGGUCUUUUCUUGAUCACAUGAUGCAGAAGAUGGGUUUCUGUGAGAAAUGGAGAUUGUGGAUUCAAGAAUGCCUUCGAUCUAGCCUGGUAUCAAGCCUAGUUAAUGGCAGCCCAAGUAGGCAAUUCAAAGUGACAAGAGGUCUAAGGCAGGGGGACCCUCUAUCUCCGUUUCUGUUUUUGAUUAUUGCAGAGGGGCUAAAUGGACUGGUUUCAGAGGCCAUCAAAAAUGGGAAGCUAGAAGGCGUGGAGGUGGGUAACAAAAAUUUUAGAAUUUCACACUUACAGUAUGCAGAUGACACGAUUCUAUUCGGUAAGGCCACGGAAGAAAAUGUGUGGGCAAUGAAAGGAAUCUUGAGAGCAUUUGAACUGGUCUCGGGUCUCAAAAUUAACUUCAAUAAAAGCCAACUAGUGGAACUUGGCGUGGAGGAUGAUUGGCUAAACAAAAUGUCAUGGGUGAUGUGCUGCAAAAAAGGUGCCUUGCCAAUUAAGUACCUCGGUAUCACAGUUGGAGGAAGUUGCAAAAGGAUCGCAUUUUGGAAACCAUUGGUAGAAAUAUUUGAAAGGAAGCUAGCUUCAUGGAAGGGCAGAUACUUAUCCUUAGGGGGUCGGAUUACGCUUAUUAACUCAGUGCUGUCAAGUCUCCCCGUCUUCUGGAUGUCGAUGUAUGUGAUCCCAAAAGGUACAAUUUUUUUACUUGACAAAAUUCGUAGGAAAUUCUUGUGGGGUGGGUCUAAGGGGGGGAAGAGGAUUAACUGGGUCAAUUGGGAAAAUGUGUGUAAAGAAAAACAUCUCGGUGGUUUGGGGGUUAAAGAUCUAAGGAAGUUUAACCUUGCCUUGUUAGGCAAGUGGUGGGGGAGACUUGUGAGAGAUGACAAGGGGCUCUGGGGUAAGGUUAUUUUUGAGAAGUACGGGAAGGUAAGGGACCCAAGUUACAAUUGGCUGAGGGAGGGUUUCAAUUGUGGGUCUUCAUGGUGGAGGGAUAUUUGCAGGUUAAGUGACAUGGAAGAUAACAACAAAGGGUGGCUCGCAGAUGGUCUAGAAAUUAGAGUGGGGGAUGGGAAAGAUACGAGCUUUUGGUGGGAUGAGUGGUGUGGGGGGGUGUGUCUUGCUAACAAGUUUCCUAGACUCUACCUAAUUUCUGCAGGAAAAGAUAAAAAGAUAUCCCAAAUGGGAAAAUGGCAGCAUGACUUAUGGAAGUGGGACUUGGAGUGGAGAAGAAACCUAUUCAGCUGGGAGGAACAACAGGAGGCAGCACUCAAGGCAGAGAUCCAAGACACUAAAAUAGAGAGGGGAAAAUCAGAUGUGAGGAAUUGGGUCCAUAGCAAGGAAGGAAUAUACACAACAAAAUCAGCAUACCAGGCCUUGACAAGGGCUCACGGGAGUAUACAGCGGGGACCAGCACUCAGUAAAGUUUGGCAGGAGUACAUCCCGAGCAAAAUUUCCGUGUUUGCCUGGCAAGUGUUGCAAGAUAAAAUCCCAACAAAGCUGAAUCUACUGAAGAGGGGAAUCAUUCAAGACAUUGCAGACUCUAGAAAUGAAAAGCUAUUUAGAGGCAAAGAGGUAGAGUCCGGCAGACUAUUAGAGCUGGUCCAGGUGAGGUCUUUUAAAUGGAUCAAAGGCAAAAGGAGAGGAAGCCUCUUCACCGUGACAGACUGGAUCCUUAACCCAGUAAGCUGCUUGAAUUCGUCCCAGGUAGUUUAAGAGCACAAGGCUGUUGUACUCCUAAGGCAGAUUAAAAAAGAGUCCCGCCAUUUCAGUCGUUGGGGCCCUUAGCUGACCUGCUUUAAAACAUGUAAAGGGUUCGGAGUACCCCCUGUACUCCAAAUCAAUAAUUUCUUCGCCU